GACUGAAGAUAAACAACCGUCCACACCCUCAGUCUGUGGGAAGUUUCUCCGCAUUCCACACACACACUCACACACUCACACACUUCCAAACACAUUUCCAUCUAAACCUGGACAUUAAGCUGGAGAGAACCACACACCGUGGCUGGGUAAGUGUGUGUGUGUGUGUAAAUGUUUUGUGGUCAGAUCUGAAGUGUGUGUUGUUCUUCCGUUCUUACGUCUCAGAGACUCUUCUCUGUCAGAACAUUUGAACCAGACUCUGGUCCCUGACGAGGCUCAACCUCAGGUCUGACAUGUUGGAUAUUUUCACGUGAAACGUGUGAAGUUGUUUUGGUUGAGAUUCAGAUGAGAGAUGAACUGGUCUUUGGUUCUUCAGCCCUAACCAGAAGAGCUGCGUCAACCCGUCUCCCCCCCUCCCGUCUCCCCCCCUCCCGUCUCUCCCCUCCCACUUUCUGUCUGUGUGUGUGUUUUCAAACAGGAGUGUGUAAGGUCCAGUGGACCUGCUGCAGGAGCCUCAUCGUCCACUUCCUGCCCAGCCUCAGCAUGAGUGAGGCGGACGGCGAUGAAGGUGCAGGCGCUGGUGGCAUCAGCCUCGGCAGCAGCAGUGACAGCGCCCCAAAGACGGUGGAGGGGAAAUCCCUGAGCACACUGAGCGCCAUCGCCUCUGGACCGGGCUGGACGAAGGUCAGCUGCUCCUGCUGUAUGUCGGAGCGGGUGGAGCCUCUGAUUCUGGUGAAGCUCAGUGAAAAGGUUCGACCGGAGACGAAGCGAUGGCUCAUCAAGCUGAUCGGAACUUCGCAGAAGGAAGGAGGUGCUGGAUUAUUGGCCCACCCUGGCGAGGACGCCACUGGUGACAUCAUCGUUGUCUCCGCCCCUCGCUGUACGUUACUGCGGGCCACAGAGGAGCUGGGAUUGUGUAAGAGCUACAACAGCGGCGACAUGGAGGCGUUCUCCUACAUCGACAGAGACAACUUCAAAGAUUCAGACAACAUGGACGUGUUCCUGACUCUGGCGGAGAGACAGUUCAUAGUGAAGUACGAGCUGGACGGCCUGAGAGCGCAGAGAGACCUGAGGGUUCCAGGACUGUCGGACAAGAACGCCUUUCAGAACAGGGACAACAUCUGGCAGAAGCUCGGCUCAGCCGGCGUCAUCGUGGACACCGUUCCUCUGCACCACCCGCAGCAGCUGAAGGAGCUCAGCAAAGCCUGGUAUUCUGGGAACCAGUUGUCUCAGCCGCUGGAUUCGGUCAACACGUACUUUGGAAGCUCCAUCGCCUUUUACUUCAGUUUCCUGGAUUUUUACACAUGGUCUCUGCUGCCUCCAGCACUGCUGGGACUGUGUAUCACAUACUACUCAGCGGACGUUCAGAAGGAGAUGGUGGAAUCAGUGUCAGGCUCGCAGACUGAAGACGUGGACGAAGACGCAGGUCCGACAGUGAGCGGUCACAUGGUCCAGGCCAUGUUCAGCAUGCUGUGGUCCACCGUCUUCAUGGAGAUGUGGAAGCGCAGGAGCUCCACGCUGUCGUACCACUGGGGGACGCUGCACCUCGCCGAGCGCUUCGCAGAGCCCCGGCCUGGAUUUCACGGUGACCUCGGGGUCAACCCCGUGACUGGUCGUGUGGAGCCACUUUUUUCAGAAUGGCAGAGGGACCUGAGGAUGGCGCUGGUGUCCAUCCCAGUGGUGGGAUUGUUUCUGGGCCUGGUGGUCCUGGGUAUGUUUGGCUUCUACUGGGGGGAGGCCCUGGUGCAGCAGGUCCACAGUGACUGGGACUCUGUGCUGACACAGACCCUGCUCUACACGCCCUCCAUUCUUCACAUCGUCUACACCAACAUGCUGGCGACGGUUUACAGGACGGUGGCCAAGUUCCUGACAGAAUUUGAGAACCACAGAGAAGAGUCGGCCUUUGAGAAGCAUCUCACGGCUAAAGUCUUGGUGUUCACCUUCUUCAACUACUUUGCCGUGCUCUUCCACAUCGCCUUCUUCAAACAGGACGUGCCUUUGCUUCGGAAGCGUCUAGCAUCUUUGCUCAUUGUGACCCAGCUGAUCAACCAGGUGACAGAGGUGGUCAUACCCUUCCUGGUGGAUCGGUUCAUCAGCGCCCCCCACAGGGCUGAGAGUGAAGAUGACCCAGAGGAGGACAAACUCAGGAGGCAAAGCACUCUUCCCGUUUUCCCUGGUCUGUUUGCGGAGUACAUCGAGCUCCUGGUCCAGUUUGGAUAUUUGAGUCUGUUCUCCUGUGUGUAUCCUCUGACGGCGGUGCUUCUUCUCAUCAACAACCUGACAGAGAUCCGAUCGGACGCCUACAAGAUAUGCAAACUCUUCCGCAAACCCCUCUAUCCCCCGGUGGCCAACAUGGGCGUGUGGCAGACUGCGUUCGAGGUCCUGAGCUUCGUCUCCGUCGUGUCCAACUGCUGGCUGCUGCUGCUGUCGCCGCGGUUACAGACGACGUGUCAGGAGGCCGGGAUGAGCAGCACGAGCAUUCUGAUGUCUGCUGUGCUGGUGGAGCAUGUUCUGAUCCUGAUCAAGGUCAUUCUGUCCGUGCUCAUCCCCGACGAACCAGAGUGGAUCAGGAAGAAGAGGGAACAUAUAGACUACAUGUCCAUGGAGGCUCUGAAGCAGCAGGUUCAGAACCUAUUUCUUGUUGACGGCCUUUCACAGAAACUGCAGCCUGAAAAAUCCUGAUUCUGCUUCAGCGACGUGACGUGGCAUCACCAUAUUACAGCCUUUGCAUCAGCGCCACCCUCAGUGUUGUGGUAACCAUUUACUUGAGUGCCUGCCAUGUGUAUUCUGCUAUACACUAAUACUCACUGUGUGCAUACCUAAAAGAAAAUGUACUCUACGCAGCAAAGGGUGAAAAAAAAAACCCUGAACGACACCUUUAUUAUAUUACUCUACGUGCAGGAAGUGCAACUGAAAAAAUCAUUUUAAAGUAUUUUCUCCUUAUCUGGACGGCAAGUGGAAUGUAACAAGGCUGUAGGAGGCGCUAGACAAGUAUCCUGUGGGUCUACAGUACCAGCUGUACUACAGUAGUAGUAUUUUCUUUUAGGGUUUUUUU